CACACACACGCAGCGGCCACAUCCACGGCAGACAAAUCCGUGCUCAGUGACGUGUCCUGUAUUAGCCUUUUUUUGCAAUGCAUGUUCAACCCUUUUCCAUCAGACUAAUUUGAAUUGCUGCAAACCUCCCUUGGGUGCUUCUUCUUAUUUCUAUCAUUUCUUGCUGCAAUCCCUUUAAAAACAUUUUUAUUUAUUUAUUUAUUGCCGCGAUUAUUUAUCCUCUCAACAGUCCACCCCCCUUGUCUUCUUCUUCCCCCCCUCAGUCUCCAUCUCUUGGGGGAGUGCAAGGACGCUGUGAAUUUAUAUAUAUGUUUAUAUAUAAAAAGGAACUGAAGCAACAGACAGGAGAUGCGGUGACCAUGGGUUUUCUAUUGCAAAUUUUCUGCUAACGGAGGACGGACAGAGUGGGGUAGCUGUCCACAACCCCCACAAGCUUCACUUUCUCCAGGAAAGGAAGAAUAAAGGAAAAAAGAGAGACUGGGGUAAAAGUGAGAGAGGCACAAGAGGAAAAACAAGCGCAAGAAGGAGCGAGGGGAGCAGGUGAAAACAGUCGAUGGAUGCUGUCCGGAUCGAGGGGGCAGCAAGUUCUUCACUGACGAGGAAAAAAAAGAUUUCAAAAUUGAGUCGAAGGAUAGAAACUCGCCGUCAGGCAUGGUGUGUGAGAAGGGGAUCCAGAUCCUCCUCACCACCGUGGGGGCAUUCGCUGCCUUCGGCCUGAUGACGGUGGCCAUAGGGACGGACUACUGGCUGUAUUCCCGUGCCCUCAUCUGCAACAGCACAGCCAACAUCACGCAGGAUGAUCCCCACAACAAGGACAAGAAGGACCCUGGGGCACUCACCCACUCGGGGCUGUGGAGAAUAUGCUGCCUGGAAGGAGUGAAGAGAGGAGUGUGUUCUCAGAUUAAUCAUUUCCCAGAGGAUGCAGACUUUGACCAUGAUGGAGCAGAGUAUGUCCUACGAGUAGUCAGGGCUUCCAACAUCUUCCCAAUCCUUAGUGCCAUCCUGCUGCUGAUGGGUGGGGUUUGCAUUGCUGCUAGUCGUUUCUAUAAAAGCAAAAGGAACAUCAUCCUUGGGGCAGGAAUCCUGUUUGUAGCUGCAGGUCUGAGUAACAUAAUUGGUGUGAUCGUCUACAUUUCGGCUGCACUAGGAGACAUUUCGCCUAAGAAAGAUGAAGACAAAAAAUGGCAGUAUUCCUAUGGAUGGUCCUUUUACUUUGGAGGAUUAUCCUUCAUCAUGGCCGAGAUGGUUGGGGUACUGGCUGUCAACAUCUACAUCGAGAAAAACAAAGAGCUCCGCUGCCGCUCUCGCACCGACAUCUUUAAAAGCACAACGCACGCCAUGUUGCGCCUGCCCAGCUACCGCUUCCGCCGUCGCUCACGCUCCUCGUCACGCUCCACCGACCCGUCCCGCUCCCGAGACCCUUCGCCCGUCGGAGGAGGUGGAGGGAAGAACUUCGGCCUGCCUCCCUCUGCGCUGCUCUCCCAGGGGCCCAUUUCAGUUUCCACUCUGCCCAACCCGCACUCUCGUUCGCACACGGCCCUGGCUGGAGGAGACAUCUCCCUCUACACGCUGUCUCGCGACCCCAAACUGGCAGGUCUGCCGCCCAUGUACGGCACCGUGGACAGGGCCACACUCUACCAGCUCCACAACUGCUUCCCGAAAGAUGGGGGCGGAGGAGGGGGAGUCAUGAUGAGCGGCACGCUGCCCUCACUCAAGUCACAUAACCCUUCUAACACUUCCAACUCCAACGCACCAAUGGCUAACUCUGUGGCUCCUCCGCCGUUCACGUCAUCCACAGUAGACAGGGAACGAGGGAUGGGGACUCUGGACAGACUGAAGGGAGACAGGGAGAGCAACUCUAACACUCUUAAUAGGAAGACAACACCUGUGUAGAGGGAGGUAAGAAGAAAGAUGGUGGGAUAGUGAAAGAGGGAACAUAAAAAAAUAGGACAGCAGAUAACUCUCCUCCUUGUUCACUGUUAUUUAGUUCACUCAAUCUCACUGAGAACAAAAAAAGAAGAGUAAUAACAGAACGAUAAUAACAACAACAAUGAACUUUCACAAAAUAAACUAUUUUGAUAUUUCGAUGUGCUAGAAAUGAUUUAUUUUGUUAAUGAUCAAAUGCAAUUAACCUUGGGCUACUAUGAAAACACUUCACUUAAUUUCUGUGCAAGAGUAUCGCUAAUUUAACCAGAGCAUCAUUCAUGUAAAUUGUUGUUGUGAUUAUUCUCGGUGUUAUUACAGGCUAGUUGUAUUUGCAAACACUAGUUUGGAAUGAAAUGUUGAUUUUCAUGGUGUUGUUUUUCUCUGCGUUAACUUUUUUUUAGAUCUUUAUGACUUUUACUGUGAAUCCAUGCAGAGCCACUGAGAGCCGACAGUGAGCUGUGUGUAGCCGUGUGUUAAAGAAUGAGUGUGCACAAAUUGUUGGCGAAUGAGAGCCUGUUUUAUUUUUUUAACUCCCAUAAUGUAGUUUUCCUUUAUAAAAAAGAAGUCAGAUGUGAAUACUGUAAAUUGUCUUCCAAAUACUGAUGCUAAAAGAAAUGCAACAAUAAUAUGAGCAACUGAGGCAGCCAACAAUCUCCAUUGUUAGUGCAGGUUUGGGUUUUCUAUGGGCCUCUGUUUGUCUUAUUUCCAUUCUAAUCAGUGUUAGCAGUUAGUACUUGUAGCUUUAUUGUGUUGAAGAUGUUUAUUCUUGGGCAUUAAUGGAAACCUCUUUUGGAGGGGAUAAAAAAAAACAAAAAAGCAAAAUAACAUAUGUACAGAAUCAGGUAAAGAUUGCUUCCUGAAAAGAGAGAAAAAAACAACAACAAAGUAUCCAUCUUUUUUUUUUUUUUGCAUUAAAAAAAUACCCUAAUGGGACCCAUGCAAAUAAUCAUUUUCAGUCACAGAACAAAACACAUCUAUGUGGGAUAAAAGGGUUUAAACAAAGAGGAAACUUGGGAAAAACGACAUGUACAUUGUAAUUUAUGCAUAUUUGUAAACUCUAUAGAUACGUUCUUUUGGGACCACAGUUCAAGCAUUUGGAAAAAGCAGGUUCAGAUUGAUGGACACCUGUCGGCUGAGUUCCCAUCAGACUCGAACCUAAAGCCAGUCCAUAUCUGGUCAGUUUUUUUCUUUACCUUAUCACAUCUCUGAUAAUAGUUUCCUCACAGAGACAAACUCCCAAACCUCCCCAAAGAGUCUUUUCACUGUGCUUCCCAUAAAACUGCCGACUCCUGAGUGAGAGCUGUUGAGGAUGAUGAGAAUGUAAACACAUGUGAACUCCCCCACCCUCCCACCGCUCUGCUAAACUGUUCCAAGUGACUGCAGAUCCAGGUGGAAACCUGGGAUUCACCUGCUACGUGAUGAAAUGAAGAAACUAAAUAAUAACCAGAUGCUUCCAGAUUCUAUAUGUUUUUAAUUUGUUUGAUUUCAUUUCAGAAAAAAUAAAAAAAAAAAUCUGUCUAAACUGCAUUCAGACAGCAUUUAUGUGGGCAAUAUGAAUAGUAUGUAGUUGAGAAUAGAUAUAUCUAGACAAAUGACUAUGAUUUAUCUAAAUGUGUGAUAAACUCAAACACUGUAUUGCACGAAGUUUAUAAAAAAAAAAAACAAUAAUGGACAUA